AUGGCCCCGCUAGUGCUGUAUCAUUUUCCCGGUUCGCCACCUUCAAGGUCUGCUCUGCUGGUUUUGCGUAACUUGGACUUGGAUGUUGAGGUGAAAACCAUAAAUCUGUUCGUCGGCGAGCAUAUGGCCGAAGAAUACGUGGCCAUCAACCCCGAGCACACCGUUCCGACGCUGGUUGACGAAAGCUUUGUCCUGUGGGAAUCGAAAGCCAUCGCCAGUUACCUGACGGAGCAGUACAAGCCGGGCUGCUACCUGUAUCCCAACGAUCCCAAAACACGGGCCCUGAUCAACCACCGCCUGUACUUCGACUCGGGCACUCUGUUUCCGGCUCUACGGCAAAUCUUGGCAUCCGUCUUGCGCUCAGGAAUAACGGUCGUACCGCAGGAAAUGAAGGAAAACCUGCAAAAGGCACUGGAAAAGAUGGAAUCCUAUUUGGAUGGCAGCGAGUGGAUGGCCGGCACAGAAUGUACUUUGGCCGAUCUGUGCGCGCUAGCCAACGUGGCGACGAUCAAGCAUUUGGGCGUAAGUUUCGACGAAUUCCCCAACAUCAAUGGGUGGUACGACCGCUGCCAGGAGUUGCCGGGCACCGAGGAAAACGACGAGGGCGCCGCUUUCAUUGCCAACGCCGUCAAAUCCAAGCUUGAAGAGCCAUACUGAAAAAAGAUGUAGUCUCACCUUUAACCUGUUCAGUGUUUCAUAAACAAA